AUGUUCUACGAUUUGAUCCUCGGGACAUUAACGGCCAGGGAAGAUCCCACGUACUAUCCGAAAGAAAGGCUGAUUCGAGGCGAGGCUAAGCGGACACCGGUUACGAGAACAGUAACGGCUGAUUCAAGGGAACCUUCUUCUAUAGCUGCGCUUACGGAUUCACUUCCUCCAAAAGCUCCUUCCCUGACUGAACUCCGUCCUCCAAGAGCUCUUAUUCGCAGUUUACUACCUAUUGGGAUAUUUCCAUUCGAGAUAGGCACUGUGAAAGAAGAUCGGUCAAGGAAUCCACAUGGAUUAAUAAAGAAGCAGGAAUAA